AUGGCCAUGGCCAAAAAGGCCCGUCAAAGAAUCAGCUACGUUUUGGAAAAUGGCAAGUCUUCGGCUGGCGGACACCGGCUCGGUGUCAACGGUCUGGCUGUAGACUCCAACAAUGGCAUCCUCUACUCGGGUGGCCGAGACGGCAUCCUCUGCGCCUGGGACCUCGACUCCUCCACCGACCACUCAACAAACACCGCCUCGAAAUUUCGCGCCCAGGCCCAGGCGCACAUGCACUGGAUCAACGACAUUGCCCUUGCUCAAAAUAAUACCGCCGUCGUCUCCGGAUCCUCCGACCUCUCCGUCAAGGUCUGGCGUCCCUACUCGGAAGAGAGCAACGUUGCCCACACCAUUGGCGAGCAUGCCGACUACGUCAAGUGUGUCGUUGCCUCCGCCACAGACACCACCUCCAACACGAUUGUUGCUGCCGGUCUGGACCGCAAGCUUUGCUGGUGGGACCUCAAUGGCAAAGGCAAAUCCUUGGAAAUCGACGUCCAGGGCGAGGAGAUUCCUGAAAAGGGCUCCGUCUAUUCCCUUGCUCUCGGUCGCAGCAUCGUCGCCAGCGGCGGACCCGAAAAGACGAUUCGUCUUCACGACCCGCGCUCUGGUGCCGAAGUCUCCAAGCUCAUGGGCCAUCUUGGCAAUAUUCGAUCUCUUCUCAUUGACGAUGCCGACGAUACCAUACUUAGUGCAAGCGCAGACAAGACUAUCAAGCUCUGGAGCGUCCGCGGUGGACGUUGCAUGUACACUUUCACCAUGCAUGACGAGAGUAUUUGGUCCCUCUUCUCAAACCAUCCACGUCUCGGAAUUUUUUACAGCUCCGAUCGCAAUGGCAUGGUUGCCAAGACCGACAUCCGCGGCAGUUUUGACGAUGUCGACAACGGUUUGAGCUUGGCUCUCGCCCACGAGCACAUAGGUGUCUCCAAGGUCGUGGCCUACCAUGGCCAUAUUUGGACUGCCACAAACAGGUCAUCCAUCAACCGCUGGAGCGAUUUUGACUUGGAGCAACCGCUAGAUUUGCCACAGGCCCACCGACACAGGCGAUCCGUCUCGGCCAUUUCGAGCCGGUCACGUCAAACAUCACCUCCCAAUCCCAAUGGCACCAAAAAGGAGAUUGACCCUCAAUCAAUUCUCAAAUUAUCAAAUAUGGGCAUGUUUCUGUCACGGUCCAACGCCGAUGCAGAGACUAUCAACGAUGGUCCUUCUCGAAGACCUUCGGUGAUCCCGGCCGCGGAGCCCGAGCUUGAGAUUAAACCCAUCUUUGAUGCACCUAAUGAGACCAUUGAAGGCCAACUCGGUCUUUUAAAACACAAGCUUCUCAACGAUCGAAAACGGGUGCUGACUCUGGAUACUGCCGGCGACGUAUUACUAUGGGAUUUGAUACAGUGUAAACCUGUUCAAAGUUUUGGAAAGCAGCCUUUGGAUGACGUCGCUGAUUUACUAAAUACAAGAGCAGCCGUCGCCCCUUGGUGCUCUGUUGACCUUAGUUCGGGCAAUCUUACUGUCAUUCUAGAGCCAUACAACUGUUUCGACGCAGAAGUCUACGCCGAUGAGCUGGAUCUUGAAGACAAUAUCGAGUUUCGGGAAGAUCAGAGAAUUAGUCUCGGGCGGUGGAUCCUGCGCUAUCUCUUUGCCAACCUCGUUGACGAGGAAAUCAAGCGAGAUGAGGCUCAUCGUCGCAAGAUAAACGAAGAGGUAGAAAAGAGGAUUGCGGUAGCCGCGAGCAGCGUAUCAGCCAAUGCUCUCAGGCCAGCUGUUCUAGGAUUGACGGAUGAUGCCGCCACUCCCCGUCCCGAUGGCUUGCAGCCCGCAAUGACGCCCGGCAUUGGUAUAAUCGGCACGCCUGUCGUAGCUGUUGAGUCGAGCAGCGCUUCGCAGGUUGGCCACCCCUCUGCCGACAAGGGUGAUUACUUUACCGCCGGUAUCGCGCCUAUCGAAAGCCCAGCUACGGUCAAGACUCCGGCUCCAGAGACUGUGGAAGGCAAGAAUUGGACUGAUAAUUCAGAAAAACCGAAAGAGAAGGAAAAGCCGGUGGAUGUUCCCAAGUCACCCAGCACACCGUUUGGCAAGAAGUUUCGCAUGUCUUUUAGCUCCAAGAAGCUUGGGCGUUCGGCCUCGCAGGUGACUCAGGAGAAGCCUGUCGUGGUGGACGAGAAGGCUGUCGAAUCGGAAUCGUCUUCAAGUCACGAAAAGGAAGUCGACGAUAGCUUCUAUGGCGUUAUUCAAAAAAUUCGCCACGAGUACGAUAGACUGCUCUCCGAGUCGCCAGACAAGCUGGUAGAGACACGAGUCACGCCUAGUCUACCCGCGGAUACGCCAGUGCUUAAACUGCCGCCUGGCACCAAGGUCAUCAUCCAGGAGGAGACGUCUGGCGGAAGCUCCAACGUGUACCAGGGCACAGUCGAGGGCGUCGGCCGCGAUGCAGACAUCAUUGAGCAAAAGGCGCCUAUGUGGCUCGGAGAUCUACUUCUCCAGAACCAGGUUCCUUUCAAAGAGCCCGUUAAGAUUUCCUUUGUUCUGCACCCGCUGGACGGUCUGCCGGCCAUUGCCACCGACGGCAGCAGCCGUCUCAACGCCAACCGGAUGCUGCGCGUCAAGAAGAUCCUGGGCUACGUGGCCGAGCGCAUCGAGCCGCCGCCCAACCCCGACGACGACAGCGCGGACGCGCAGAUGGACCCAGCAGAGUACCUUGAGCUGUACUGCAACGAGCAGCUCCUGGAGCCGACGCUAACCCUGGCCACGUUGCGCACGCACAUUUGGAAGGGUGGCAACGACAUUGUCCUCUACUACAAGACGAAUGGCCGCAAGCCACUGCGCCCAAUGCCCGCGCCGGAGCCCGAGCAGCCGGAGCUGCAACCACCAUUGGAGGUGCCGGCGAGGCCUGCGCCAGCCGUCACGGCGUAG